UGCCAAUAUCGCAAAACAUACAGCUAUAAAUAUCCCCCUAAGCCCUUACCUACCCAUAUUCCCUACACUCGCAUCGGGCUCUCCGCCAUAUUUGACUGCUUAUAAUCUCUUUGUUUUCCUCUUCAACAACAUUCCCAAAUGGCUUCCAUUGCCGGUUCAUCAAUCUCCAUGCAACCUCGCCACACCCUGGCUACCACCAGGGUUUCUGGGUUGAAAUUGGUUCCAUUCAUGAACCAGGGAAGAAGCAGCCUCUCAUUUAGGUUGCAUCCAAUGCCUGCUCGCCUGCGGAUUUCAUGUGCUGCCAAACCAGAGACCGUGGAUAAGGUAUGUGAAAUAGUAAGGAAACAACUAGCUAUAUCAAAAGACAAUCCAGUCACUGGUGAAUCAAAGUUUUCUGAACUUGGAGCUGAUUCUCUUGAUACGGUUGAGAUUGUGAUGGGGAUUGAGGAAGAAUUUGGAAUCACUGUGGAAGAGGAGAAUGCCCAAACCAUUGCAACUGUUCAGGAUGCUGCAAAUCUCGUUGAGAAGCUCUGCAGCGAGAAAGGUGCCUAGAAACAAGGAUCUAAGUUGGAGGUUCAUCUGCCCUUAAUUGAUGUCCCUUACUAGCCUGCAAUCUCUUGAGCAUUUGCCAAUCAUGUUGUGAACUCUAGUUUAUUUAUUUGAUCAAUCUUAGAAAACUUAUAAAUUAUGGGGAUUUUCAGUUAGGUUGUUCGUAAGUCAAGGGCAUACUAUUUUAACUGAUCGUGCAAUGUUUUUACA